GUUUAUUGAACUGUUUAUAAUUGUUUCACCUCAUUGUCAUACUAAAUUUAUCAUUUUAUACUUUAUUUUAGUUACGUUAGCUACGUUAGUUACGUAAAUAAGUACUGUGAAUAGGUUUGGAAUGAACAUGUUUAAAUAUUUAGCCAUUGUUUCUUCGUUAUUAAUAUUUGCAGCAGCCGGAGGGAAAUGGCAUACAUCACAAAUAAUGUUAAAGAAAUUAUAUGAUCUGCAAAACGAUCAUUUUAAUGCCUUGGAUAAAUACUUGGAUUUGGAGACAAAACGUAUAGAAGAAUUAAAAAAUUGUGUAGCUGCAGUAUAUGAAUGGCGUGAUCACAAAAAAACCGACCAACACUUCUUACACGAUCACUUGGACGUUAUCAAAGUGAUGACACAAAUGCAACAUCAUUUUUCAAAAAUUGAAGAUUUAAUAAACAAUAAACAAUCUACAGAAGCAUUACACCAUAUUGACAAACACAAAGAUCUUAGCGGUGAUCAUGUAUUGUGGGCACAUCAAGCAUUGAGAAGACUACAAUUAUUUUAUGCAAUCCCUGCAUCAGACAUGGCGGCAGGUAGAAUUAAUGAAAAAAUUAUCGGUGACCGGAUGGAUGCAUGUGAAUGUUUCGUCAUGGCGAAGUAUUGUUCAGAGGGAAACGAUAUAUACGGCGUCCUAGAUUGGGCUGUCGAAGCGUAUACAAAAUGGGAGAGUGAUGGUCGACCAGAAUGUGUAAAUAUCGAUAUUUUAAAUUACUUCAUAGCAUCAUCAUCAGUAUAUACAGGAUUUGACUUUAUGAAUUUAGUAAAUCCAAGUGGAUCAAAUUAUCAAGAAUAUACUGAAAAAUGUGUGAGGUACUAUCAUCUUAUAAGAAACGAAUUAUUUGAACUGGAAAAGGAGAGAAUAAUGGAUGUAAUGGGAGUAUAUAAUCGUUUGCAAGGAAAUACAAUUGAAAAUGAAUUUAGACAUUUAUGUAAGCGUGGGGUAUCACGAACAUUAAAAAAAUACUUAAAAUGCAGAUACCAAACGAAUAAUUUAUUUUACCGAAUAUUGAUGCCAUUUAAAGAAGAAGAUAUUAAUAGUGAACCUUUCAUUAAAAUAUAUCAUGAUGUAUUAUAUGAUGACGAAAUCUUGAAAAUUAAAACGGCAAGCUUAGAAAACAUGAGAGAUGCGCAUAUUAGAACAACUGGUACCAAUACCGCGUUAAAAGAACGAAGCCGUUCAGGUCAAGUCAACUGGAUAAAUGAACACGAUGCUGUUGAAUAUCUUGAUGCACUAAAUACUCGUGUUGAAUCUUUUACCGGAUUUUCUGCAAAAACAGCUGAACAAUAUCAAGUAGUCAAUUAUGGUUUAGGUGGUCAUUAUUUACCUCAUCAUGAUACGUUCCAAAAAGGAACUGAAAAUGUGAUGUUUGGUAACAGAUUAGUGACUGUAUUAUUUUAUUUGACUGACGUUCAAAACGAUGGUUAUACAGCAUUUCCUAUGCUAGAUAUUAUUGCUCCUGCUGAAAAAGGAUCUGCUUUGGUUUGGCAUAAUUUGAAUAUGUCUAAUGGAAAAUUAUGCUAUGAAACUCUUCAUGGAUCUUGUCCUUUAUUGAAAGGAAAUAAAUUGAUUAUGACUAGAUGGCUAUACGAAGAAGGACAACAUUUGCCUUAUAAUUGGAAAAAUAAAUAAAAACGUGUAGAAAUAAUAAAUAUUAUAUACGAUGAAAUAACAAAUAUUUAUGUAUAUAGUAAUAAAUAGAUCUCUUAUGUAUUCUAUAUUAACUCUAUUUUUGUAGUCUUCCAUUAUUACUGUUACUCACAUAUUAAUUAAGUAUAAUAAUAUGUACAUAAUAUUAGGACAAAAAAUUCUCAACCAGAUAAGUAGGUAAAUUGUAUACAAAUGGUAAAUGGUAUAUCAGACAUCAGUGGAUUAUUAUAUUGCUCCUAAUAAACAUACACCAGUUACGGUUGUUACAUAUGUAUAUAUAUUUAGUAUUAAACCAUAUAGUGUUUCGUAUUUAUCGCUUUUAUUGUUUCAAUAGGUAUAUUCACGUUUAGCGGUUAUUUUUAUCUGAUGACCACUGACCGUUGACAUUCAGAUUUUUCGAUUUACAGAUCCUUAAACCCCUUAAGUUAUUGUAAGUUUAAAAAAAAAUGCUCGAAUGAUUUUUGUACAGAAAUAAAAGAUGGACGAUGCUGUGUUGAGUGUUUUUAAAAAUUGUUUGAAUUGUGGGAUACUAUAUAGUAUAUAUAAUUGAUGAUGACCUUAAAUUAAAUUUUAUGAUAUUUCAUUUUUAAUACUGUAUAUAAAAUCGAAAUGUUUUGAAACAAUUAUCUUAUUAAUGCUUAAUUAUAUCAUAGAAUGUAUUAUAGUAGAUAGUAUGUAUUAGGCAAGAGCGGGACCCAGGGGAGGGUUUGUGAGGUUAACAGCUGACCCACAGUUUUUUAUCGGUAAAAUAUAGCCCCCCGAAGUGAGAGCUACAUAACCAUUUUUCUAUUGGAAAUAAUAUGUACAAUAAUCAUUGAUGGAAUAAUAUUAAAUAUAAAAUAACAAUAAUUUAAAUAUAUUUACUAUGUAAAUGUAUAAGUGUAUUAGGAUAUAUAAAUGUAUAUGCGAAGACUGAGUAUUGAAGUAUAAAAAGUGUACGAAAUCGUGCUGAAACUCAUCAACUUAUAUUGUACCAAAAUCGAAAAACACUCUGCGUAUCGCACCCGCAGCUGUGAUACGGGUCUUAACAAAACACAUCGAUCCUACUGUUGUUAA